UAUUUGGUGAAGCGGAAAAAUAUUAUUUCUAGGACCCGAAAUCAGGUCUGAUAUCAGGCCUGAUAAAGUGUGGAUGUAAUUGGCACUUAAAGCAUGCACAAUCAUAUGGCCACAAAAUACUAAUUCACUCUUUGUAAUCGCCUACAAUUUAUUGCACGAUCUGUAGGGGCCUAUAAUAAAAACUUUGACAUUAUUACCAGGAGGCCUAUUGUGCGAAUGUCAUUAUGGGUUAUGUGUAUGUGCAAAUUAAAAAGAAGUUGUAUGUAGAAAUUUAGUUAUUUUAGGGGCGUUUUAUGAAAUUUCAGUGAACGUUUUUUUUUUCGGUAGUGGUCAAAAAUGAUAUAGGUGCACAAACAUACACGGAAAUGGCUGAGUCAAACUUAAGUAAAGUCGAUGAAUAUGGAUUUGAGAGGCAUGAAGAUUUCGAUUUCGAGAGCUAUGAACAAUUCAUGUCAGUAUACCUACGAGUCCUCGCAACGCGAGCUCAGAAAUGGGCCUCACUCCUCGGCGAAGGAAAGUCUGUUAAACGCACUAAUACCAUCAAAAGAUACGUUCGCAAAGGAAUUCCAAGUGAACAUAGGCCUGCGGUAUGGAUGGCAAUAUCAGAAGCAGAAAAGAUGAAAAAUCAAAGCCCUGAUCUUUAUCACAAAAUUUUAGACAGACCUUUUGAAAAAGAAUUGGUAGAUUUAGUGAAAACAGAUUUACCUAGGACUUUCCCAGAUAAUAUUUAUUUCACAAAGGAAGCUAAUCACCAGACACAUCUGUUUCAUAUACUUAUAGCAUAUGCACACAACAACCGUGUGGUUGGCUACUGCCAGGGACUAAACUAUAUUGCAGGUUUAUUGCUGCUUGCAACAAAAAGUGAAGAAGUAUCAUUUUGGUUGCUGAAAGUACUUGUAGAAAAAAUUCUUCCCGACUAUUACACCAAGACUAUGGAUGGGUUGAUUGUAGAUAUAGAAGUUUUAUCAGAGCUUGUCAAAUCUAAAGUACCUGAUGUUCAUCAACAUGUGAUAAACUUGGGACUCCCCUGGGCUGUCAUUACCACCAAAUGGUUUGUUUGUCUGUUUGCUGAAGUUCUGCCCAUAGAGACUGUGCUAAGGAUAUGGGAUUGCCUAUUUUAUGAAGGCUCUAAAAUUCUGUUUAGAGUCUGCCUGACACUAAUAAAAUCCAACCGGGCAGCAAUAAUGUCUUGUAAUGACUUCACAUCAUUAGCAGAAUGUUUUAAAGCAAUUGUGAAAAAUGCUAGUGCACUACACUGCCACGAAUUCAUGCAGGCAAUAUUUAAAGUACCUGGUACUCUGUCAAACUCGACUAUAGCGAAACUCAGAGCCCGAUUUGCAAAACAACGACGUGAACAGCUGCAAAAAGAGCAGCGGUAAACUUAUUGUAGAGUUUUCCCACAAAUUUUGAUCUCACCUUUUUUAAACUACUAAUCAGACUAAGCUUCUACAACUGGUGUGUUGCUUAGAGUUAAGUAUUGGGUGGCCAAUAGACCAUCACCUUAUUGUUCUAGGUAGACUCAGUUAGUCUUAAGUAAAAAUAUUGUUAAAUAUAAGUAUGAGUAUCUAGUGGCAUCGCUGGUCGUUGUCUUGUUACUUGUUGUGCGCUAUAUUGAGGCAUUAUUUAUUCUCUAUGUGAGCACUGUUCCUGUUCACGGCAUUUGAGUACCAAAAUGGAAUUAUUAUAAAGUCUAUUUAUCCAAAGGAACCCAUUUAUGCAGCUUAAAUCAUAUAUACAAAAUAUUAAUAUGGGGCCGAGGUGAAAAAAAUUGCAUAGGACAAAAAACCUAUCAAAGAUCCAUAGAUACAAACGCAAGUGCUAAAUAUUUGCUACUAUUUAUAAUGAGAAAAACAUUUUAGUAUGUUUUAAAUGUAUUUUUAUUUUAACAAUAUACAUUAUAGAAUGUUGCAAACUC